GCUUUUCUUGUAUAUCAAUUUUGUGUACAUACAGUAAAACACACCAAGAGAUUUGGAUUGUAAUUAAUUCAUGUUUGAUUAUUUCUUAGCUAUCAGCCUAUUUUUGUAUGUGCUCUUUAUAGUAGUACAUCCAACACACUUCAGUAACUAAAAUCUCUCUCUCUCUCUCUCUCUCUCUCUCUCUCUCUCGUAAUGUAAUUGAGCAAAUAAAAACUUUUUUUCAGUAUAAACUAAAAUUCUUUACAGUAAAAAUGUUUUUGAAAUGGACAACUUGGACUACUUCAAUAUUGUGUAAAAACACUUCAAGAAAAGAAAACAUUUCUGCCAAUUAAAGACAAAAUAUGACUACACUGAAGAUGAUCAAAUAUAACACGUUUUCUUUUUCAGAUUUUUUAGUCGCAACAUAAUUCUCUUUGUGUUAUUCCUUAUUGUGCUAUUCCACAGUUUUGAUAAGCUUACUAUUCAUUUCUAGAAUGUGAAGAAACAUGAAGUGAGUAUAGUGUAAAACUUUUGACCAGUAGUGUAUACUGUAUAUAUGCAUAUGUAUUUGGACGGAUUUUAGUAAUACUUGUGAUGCUAUUAAGCAAAGCGAAAAUAAACGUUGUUCUAAAUCAAUCAAUACAAUGGCGUGUGAGGAUCAUUUGUCAUUUAGAACAGCAUUACAGCAUUACUUCAAAGCCAAAGAUUUCAACACAAAGGACAUUACAGACACUUUCACUUGCAUAAUAAUGCGUCUGAUUGCAUCACCACCGUACGGUAACUUGUAGUUUCAGUUCUGUUGUAAGAUAUACAACAAUGUCAACAUACCAUACAUGAGUAUUUCUUUGACACACACACACUGUGCAUUGAGGCAAUGAAAGUGGGUUACAUCAGAAUUGAAACAACAUCAAAAAACUUUAAGUAUUGACGGUCCUUGUGCAUUCACGAUUUUGUCAUGUUUCCAAUAGUUAUCAAAAGAGGAAGAGCAUUGCCAAACUGAACAGAUCUACAGAGGAGCGACAGGGAACAUGUUAUAGUAUUUUGUCGUUAAAGAGGCAGAAUGUCUGAAGUAAUUUACAGCACCGUUAUCAGGACUGAGGGAAGAAAGAGAGACAAAAUGGAGAUGACGGUGGAUAUUUAUGAGAGUGCAGAUUCUAUCAAAGAUCAUGACUUCAGGACAGAUACAAACACACAACACCCACAGCAGCAGACAGGAAGUGAGUGUGCGAGGAACAGAAGACUCAGAUCAGUUCUAGUGUGUUUGGUGGUGCUGUGUGUUCUUCUACUGACUGCAGUCAUAGUGCUGUGUGUCCUGAUCUACACAAACAAUCACAAGUGUCACAUCAACUACAAAAACAUCACACAAGAGGGAGACGAAUUAAGAGCCAAGUGCAAUAAUGUUACUGAACAAAAUAAACUGCUGAAUCAGACAAAAAAUGAACUACUGAAAUAUCUGCACGAGGGAUGGAAAUACUAUGAAUUUAGUUUGUACUACUUUUCAUCUAAGAAGAAGAGCUGGACUGAGAGCAGAAGAUACUGUGAAGAAAAAGGAGCAGAUCUGAUCAUCAUUAACAACAAAGAGGAACAAGAUUUUGUUAAGACGAUUUCUGAUUCAGAGAACCAUUGGAUUGGUUUGUCUGACAGUGAUGAGGAGGGCAGAUGGACAUGGGUUGAUGGCAGCACACUGACCUAUAGCUCCUGGCGGUAUCAUGAACCUGAUGGUCAAAGAAGAGAGAACUGUGCUGUGUCUUAUACAUCAGUGUGGUAUGAUUAUUCAUGUGAUAGUGGUUAUAAAUGGAUCUGUGAGAAGAGCAUUAACUAAUCAUUACACAACUGUGUAGUGUGCUGAACACCUAUGAAUUGUUGCCCUUGUGUUGCACUCAUUGCUUCCAUUGUUUGCCUUUUUGGAUAAAGACAUCUGCUACAUGACUAAAUGUACAUGUAAUAAACAGAGGAAAAAGCCACACAUAAGAGUUUUAAGGUACAGUUUUUUGUCUGAUGCUAUUAUUUAGAUUUAUUGAACUUACAGAACAAAUCUGCUAAGAAGAUAACAACCCUGAUUCAUCUUUCUGAAGCAAAAGACUAUUACUACACUGAUCGUGUCACGGUUCCCUCUGUCUC